CCCCCUUCAUUAACCACGGUAGUCAAUUCAACAGCGCUGCUACGUGCAGCAGCCCCCUAGUUCAAAACUCGUGUGCCACAGUCGUAUAAGCGAAUGAGGUGAUGACGGUCUGAGCCAACGCUCGAAAAUCCGCGGUGGACGUUACGAUUGGAGGGAUCAGUUGCUCGAUCAAAAUGCGAGCUUUUGCGAUGCAGGGACUUCCUUUCUGGCUCAUUAGGUUUCGUCGGAGUGAGGAGGAGGAGAAGAACGAGCAAGGGCAGCUACUUGCCACAUUCCAAGAAUGCAAAUAGGUGUUGACUUCAUAUGUUGCCGAUGAGAACGUCGAAUGAGAAUCGUUCACCUUUUGCAGACCGGAUCGAGGUGCACGCUGUUACUUCAACGAUCGGCUUCGUUUUAUUUCUUUGGCUCAGAUAAUUGGCACCGUGUUUUAUACGUUGUGCCGGAAUUCGCUCCUCAUAUCCACGUUUGUCGAACGUCACGCACUGACCAUGAGUAGCGGUACGGAGGUGGAAUGAUCAGAAAAUGCGACGUAAAUUGAACGGAGCUCAAACAUUAUCCUGAUUACCUCACCAAGGCAAGAUCUUAAUCGAAGUGGGAGUCCAUCAAGGAAUCAAAAACCGCCAUGAAUUUCAAGGGAUAUACGUUCAGGUUCACCGAGUCUGGUGAUGCUGAUAAGGUGCAGAUGAGAUUCAAAAAAGUCAUUCCUCACCUCGAACAUUUAUAUGGUCCAAUUGACUUUGGGCGUAUCUGUGAACUAUCCUUAUUCUCACUCGUUGCAUACUCUCCUGCAAACCAGCUGCUAGCAUUUGCUGCUUUUGAUGAUUCUCCGUUACUUCCUAAAGGCUUCGCCACUUUUCCGGAGGCACUAAACUCUCUAUCGUCACCAAAUACCGAAGAUUCACUGAAGAAAACAAAAGCAGAAAAGACAGUGGAAGCGGUGAAAUGGGCAACACGAAAAGCUCUCGAUAUCGGUUAUCGAAAGGAGAUGAUUAUGUGGCUAUCUGUUUGUGUGGCUGCUGUUGGAAACGGUGCGGAAGAAGAAGCAUUCGUGAGAGCAAUGCUUUACACAGUGCUGUCAGUUUCUUUCGAGACAAGAAUUAUCCUCCAUACAAGUUCUUUAGAACUUGGAGCGAUGCCAAGCCUUUUUCGACCCGUCGCCCGUAAUCAGGAGUUCAAGUUGAGCUUGUGCGUUUGUUCACGCAGUGACGUACUGCCAUACUUGCAAAUGAGAAGAGCACGGGAGGAAGAUCAUGACGACUUGUGCCCUGUCAUCGAGCGUGCACAAAAGAGGGGAUUACCACUCACCGACAUUCCUCUGUCAGCAGUUCCCUCAAAAGCAUAUUCAGUUGCCCGUUUCAUUCGCGCUCAAACUGAGCAGAACAACGUAUUUGUAGCUGAGGUGGACUUCAGAAUAGUUGGAUUGGUAGUCCUCGUAUCCGAUAUCGACAUCCCUUCUCUGCACGAGAAUUACGACAUUGAUCUAUUUGAUGGCCUCGCCGCGAAGAGAAUAGAACGAAAAUUGACAGUCAUUGAGACGGAAGCAGCUGCUCCCGAUCCAUUUGCUGUGGACCCAUUUGGUAUCCCCGAUCCACUAGCCUCAUCUUCACCAGAUCCAUUGGUACCAGUUGAGGGACUCUCAGAAGGAGAGAGCCCCGAGAGUGCUCAGCCUGAGCCUGAACCUGCUGUAGAGGUUAUUAUCAAGUGGCCGAAGAAUGCUUUUCGUGUUGUUAUGUUGUGCAUGGAGGAGGAGUUUGAAAAUCGAUCCAUUGACAUUAUUGACUUCGCAUUCAAGAAACUGAAGAAAGAAUUUUGUCUGGUGACUUUACCAUUCACUUCCCCACAUCAUCCACUGCUGAAUUUCUUCUGUCGCAUAAAGUCCAAGCCGAAUGUGUCCAACCAAGAUCCAGAACUCUCAGCAGAUAAACGAUGCCUGCAUAUUCUUCACGUGGAUGGACUGUCACCAGAUAUUGGAUUCAGGCCAGCUGAUGCUGAGGACCUACCGCAACUGGAAGAACUUCUGGAUGACUUCGCAGACAAGGAUGACUUAUUGAGUUUCAUCACAAAACCUACUGUUGGACGUGUGAACAUGGUUGCUGCUGUACCACAGCAAGUCGUUGGGUAUGCAUUGAUUGCAAAAGAUCCACCUGUGGAAGCAAUAGCUAGUCACUUCAACGUAUCGACACUGAUGAACCCGCAGUAUCAUCCAAACGAGAAUCAUGCAUCCUUGAUUUUGUUUGUGCUCAACCCCAUAUAUCGAUGCCGCACGAGGCUUUUCCUCCAGCAUAUUAUGAAGCAACUGGGCAAAACUAUGCUGUACUGUCCUGUCUUCGCGAAUCAAGAGGUACCCGAUAUAUUGGAAGACCUAAUUCUUUUACCAGGAAGACAACAUGCACACAUGGCACCCCCUUGCUAUUGGGAAAAGGCCUCAAGAGAAAACACUCCUGCAGCUAAUCUCACCAAGACAGGUCCUGAUGAAUUGAAUGAUGGGAUGAGCCAAGUAGAACUUGACGGUACAAACUUGAAGAAGGAAGAGGGCACCAAAGAGAGUAAAGUGGGCUUCGUUGAGGACAUCAUGAAGAGACGGUCUUCGAUACAGGAAAACAAGUCCAGACCGAAUCUAGUCUUAUCUGUCGAUCCAGUUCCAAGUGAACAUACCAAUCGAAGCCAUAGAAAGAGUAUUAUUAUCAAUGAAGACUCGGAAGACGAUGCCGCGGACGCUGAGCCACAGAUGAAAGACCGUCCUGAGUCUUCAGACACAGAUUCAAGCGAAGCUCCUGAUAUAUUUCAAGCCAAGAGACCACUAAGCAGGAAGAUGAGCAUCGGCGUUGGAUUUGAAGUAGAAGCCGAUAAGCGGAAGAAAGUGAGUGCACAAGUUGGGCACCAGUAUGAGGAAACAUCAGGUAAGAUUCUUCAAGCCGAAGCAGAAGUAGGCGUAGUAAGGGAGAAGAAAGUGGUUGUCAUACGUGAAGAGGAGAAAAGUUCUAUAAGAGCGAGCUCUUCACUGAGCGAACAAACAAACAAGAAGAGUGUGACAAUCGAAGUUGCGGGGAAAAAAAGUGUGUUUACCACGAGUGGUACUGUCUCUGUGAGAAGCACCAGCAGCAUUCGGUCCAUUUCAAAGAGUAAACAAGCCCGAGGGAGUUAUUUUGGAUUCGACUGUGCCUUGUACACAAUGAGUCACAGAUUCUUGUACAGGUAUAGAACAGUAGUGAAUGCCCGUAUUGUAGUGGUUGGAUCCUCAAUAACCACUGCUGCCUUCUGUCAUCAGCUUAUAUCCUCUCAAGAACUGCAGUUCACGAAUUUGAUUAUGGUUUCAACCGUCGGUUUCAAGUGCCUGAUGUCCACAGCUCUCUCUCAAAUUAUUGUUGACUUGGGUCCAGCAUAUUCGUUUCCAAAACUAGGCCUUGAUUGUCAUAUCAAUGUUAUUGUUGCGACAAUGACGGGCAUCGAUAGAAAAGGGCAUUGCCUCGAACUAUCCAACGGUGAUAUCCUGACGUACGAUUGGUUGGUUCUAAGCACCGGAUUGCAAGAUCAGACGAGGAACAAGCUUGGACUGUCCAGCACAAAUUCAGAAACCAACGAACAUAUAGGGAUAGUCAAAACUGAUGAAAUUAUCUUGAAUGCACAUGAGAUCUCCCAAGGUAUGGCAGUACAUGCUGUUGAGGGGGACAACAUCCCUCCCGUGGUGAUAUAUGGGUCAACACUGGAGGCUUUCUGCGCUAUACAGAAGCUCCUAGAAGAAGGACUUCAGGGACCCAACAUGAUACUCAUACAUCCUGAGCCGCAGAAUCUUGUGUCUGCUGCGGGCAUGCAUCUUGGAGACCCAGAAAUUACAAGUAUGCUCCUAGACACGAUACUGCGGUCAGGCGUUUCUGUGCACUCUGGUCUGAAGUUGAUUGGCGUGGAGAUGAACGAUACCAACGAAUGGAUACGCAUGUUGAAGUUCGAGGACCAGAUCAGAGAAGAAGAUCUGGAUGGGAUGAGUGUCGUGCCCAUGACACUAGAAGAGAUGAACAAGGCAAUGGCCUUGAAACCAGUGGAAGAUGCAGUUCAGAUUCUGCGUGAGGUGCCUGUGUGCCCCAUACAUAGAUCACAGGAAGGUGCAAGCCGACUGGCUCGUAAGGAGUCAAAAAUCACUUACGUGGUGGAGAGGAGUAGAAGGCCACAUCGACCGCUUGAACAGUCAUGCUCUUUGCUCGUCACAUGUGAUGAAAGACAAGUUGACCUAGCCCUAUUUCGAGCCUUGAACAAGGAAUCGAUCAUCUUCGACAGCCGAGUUGUGGUGGAUGGUGUCUUCCGGACGAAUGAUCCUUCUAUCUUCGCGGCUGGCAGCCUGUGUAAAUUCAGCCGGUACUGCGGAAAGGAUCUCCCGAAGCUGGAGACCUUCUGUGGUUGGGAAGUAGGUGAAUCCUUCGCUGCUGCCUUCGCCGUGCUUGUGACUAAAGCGAUGUUCCUAAAGCAGGUCCCAGCUGACUUCGAGGGUGGUAUUGUACCGGGUAAGCUCCGUAAGUGGCCAACUUCACUAUUGCCGUCACUUAACAAAGCGAGGUGCUUUGGAGGAUACGUACCAGGUGACAAGUGGUUUCUGUCAGCAGCGGCACCGAAAUUCUGUAUACCAUCCGCACGUCCGGCAAUAAAGACAUUGUACUCAAGAGCAGACAAAGCAUUCUGUCGUAUUGACCUGAUGGAAAACGGAGAAGUGGGAAAACUGUUCUACCUAGGAGACGAACGUAUACCCGAGUGGAAGCUUGUUCGCUUUGUGGGAUUGCCUGCCUCCAUACUACGAGAUGUACUCAUGAAAUUCGACCGCGGAGAAGUUCAAAAUAUUCUGGAUUCCCUCCUGGACAAAUGGGCUGCAGUAAUUCUACACGACCGAUUCAUACCAUUCAUGGAAGACACGAUGACAGAAAUCCAAAAGGUAUUCACAAAGAGUAAGUUAGAUGUCGAAAAGCAACUCAUUUUCACAGGCGAUACCUUUAUACGAAUAGAGGGUCAUCUCAUGACAGAGGCAAGUAACAUUGCUACCGCGUUCCUUGGGAGGUUUAUACAAGCCCACAAGUCCGAGCUGGCCCAUUUUGACUUCCCUGCUCUCCCAGGUGAGCUGGCCUCAAGUCCAUCUUACAACAUUCAUAAGUAGAAAACUCAGUGCUAGUCAUCGAUGACGGUCAACAGGGCAAAAAAUAGUGACAGUCUAUUUUAAAUUCGUGAAGUGGGUACAGAAAUCUGACG